CGAUGGUGCCGGAUAUACCUGCCCAUUGAGUAUUUUGUGGUCGGCUUUAAAAUAUCGUUGAAAUCAUGAUAAUUUUUCGACAACACUAUUUGUUUUCUUGUAAAUAUUGCUUAAAACCACAAGCAAGUAAUGGCUUCGAAAUAGCCUUUUUAAAUGUCAUGAGGACUUUUCUUUUAUCAAAAUGACUUAGUCUGCUUCUUUGAUUUAAAGUUUGGAAAUCUGAAGUCAUGUAGACUGAUGUGAUCUCCUACACCAUCUAGAUCAGAAUGGAGGAUGAAUCACCAACACUAAAACCCCGUCGAAUCCAAAAUCAGAAUGUUGUCUACAGGCUUGAGCGACGUCGGAUCUGUUCAGGUCCACCUGGAGCUCACUGGUAUCGCAUGCGCUGCUUCCAUCAGAAUAUGUUCCCAAACUUCACCGUGGUCAAUGUUGAAAAGCCACCAUGCUUUCUGCGGAAAUUCUCUCCUGACGGACGAUGCUUCAUUGCUUUCUCCUCUGAUCAAACCUCUUUGGAAAUUUACGAGUACCAAGGUUGUCAGGCAGCAGAAGACCUUCUCUGGGGCCUGGAAGGGGAGACUUUGGCCAAUGGCAAUGACCAGCGUUCCUUGAACAUUCGUGGACGAUUAUUUGAGCGUUUCUUUUCCUUGAUGCAUGUUACAAAUGUAGCUUCUAAUGGAGAACAUCUCAAUCGAGAGUGCAGUCUCUUUACUGAUGACUGUCGAUAUGUGAUUGUGGGUUCUGCUGCUUACCUUCCUGAAGAGCCACAGCCACAUUUUUUUGAGGUGUAUCGAAACAAUGAGUCCGUGACUCCCAAUCCACGUUCACCAUUGGAGGACUAUUCUCUACAUAUUAUUGACCUUCAUACUGGGCGCCUUUGUGAUACUCGCACAUUCAAAUGUGACAAAAUAAUAUUGUCCCACAACCAGGGCCUCUACCUCUAUCGCAACAUACUAGCUGUUCUUUCUGUACAGCAGCAGACAAUACAUGUUUUCCAGAUAACACCAGAGGGCAUGUUCUUAGAUGUCCGAACAAUAGGUCGGUUCUGCUAUGAGGAUGACCUUCUCACCCUUUCUGCUGUAUACCCUGAAGCACAAUCAGAAGGUCAGACAGGCUUUUCUCGUCUUUAUAAGGAGAAAACCAUCAACUCUCUGAAACACAGACUUUUGGUUUACCUCUGGCGUCGUGCGGAGCAGGAUGGCAGUGCCAUGGCUAAGCGCAGGUUCUUUCAGUAUUUUGAUCAACUGAGACAACUUCGUAUGUGGAAAAUGCAGCUGCUGGAUAAAAACCACCUUUUUGUGAAAUACACAAGUGAAGAUGUGGUGACUUUGCGAGUUACUGAUCCCUCACAGCCCUCCUUCUUUGUGGUUUACAAUAUGGUGACAACAGAAGUACUGGCAGUAUAUGAGAACACGUCAGAUGAGCUUCUUGAACUUUUUGAAAACUUUUGCGACCUCUUCCGUAAUGCCACACUACAUAGUGAUGCUGUUCAGUUCCCAUGUUCUGCCUCCAGCAACAAUUUUGCACGUCAGGUGCAAAGAAGGUUUAAGGACACUAUUGUAAAUGCAAAGUAUGGUGGUCAUACUGAAGCGGUUAGGAGGCUUCUUGGUCAACUACCGAUUAGUGCCCAGUCCUACAGCAGCAGCCCUUACCUAGACCUCUCUCUCUUUAGCUAUGAUGACAAGUGGGUAUCUGUAAUGGAGCGACCCAAGACCUGUGGUGACCAUCCUAUCAGGUUUUAUGCCCGUGACUCUGGUCUUCUUAAGUUUAAGAUCCAGGCUGGACUUUUGGGACGACCUGUCAACCACAACGUGCGCAGACUCGUAGCCUUCACUUUUCAUCCGUUUGAACCCUUUGCCAUCUCUGUGCAGCGCACAAAUGCAGAGUAUGUUGUCAAUUUCCAUAUGCGGCACGUGAGUGUCUAAGGGAUGGUUUAUGUGAGUCCAGGGGAGGCUUGCAGUUUUUACUCGGGUUAAAAACUGCAUAAGAAAUUGCACAUUCAGUGGAUUAUUAAAAAUGUUUUAAACUCUUUAGAAUGUUUAUAGAAAUAAGGUUAACUAAAAUUUGCAGAUAUGAAUAGAUUCUGCCCAGAGACUAUCAAAGGUGAAAGAAGAAUGAUAAUGGAAUUACAGAUGUAUUCAGGAGAGUUUAUAUAUUCAUCAGUUGUUGAAUAACCUGCUUGUAUGGACAUUAUAUCAAAAAAUUGAAGAUAAACAUCUUUUUUGCAUCCUGCUCCUAAUCUAAGUUGAUUGAAACAUUCAUUGUUUGGUUUUUGUGUAUAGAAUCAAGGAAAUAUUUUAUGUUAUAAAAUAAUGGGUUUUUUUUGUUGUUUUUUUUUACAUUUUUAUUUUAACCCUAAACAUAUGUUCUGAACAAGCAAGUAUUGAAAUCAAGUUUAUUUGUCAACUGUUUUAUUAACAUGUGAAUAAGUAAAACUCAUAUAAAGUCUUUGUUAUUCUUUUCAAUUCUGAUGUUUGUGUUUCAGGUUCCCCAUAAGCGGAUAACUUAUCUUCUUUGUUAGCUUCAUUCACUUAGAAGUUAGUUUUAGCAAUAUAAAUCUGGAGAAAAUAAUGUAUUUUUUUAAUAUACAUGGUGCAUAAUGUUUUAUUGGUAUUAAUUGCAAUAUGUUUUAUAUUAAACAAAACUUUUUUGAAUGCA